GUGUCAAUUUGACGACGGCGCGAGGUUUGAAAAGUGACACGUCGGUGGUGUUUGAAUCACCACAACUGGGGCUCAUUUACUUAUCCACUGUGUCAAAGACGCUCAGAGGGGUGACUGAUUUGUUAUUGCAAGGGUGGGCGACAAAUUUGGUGAUAGAAAACAGCCCCCUUGUCAUGGCAGACGUGUCCGUGGAUGUGUCGGGGGUGAUGUCGCCCCCUGAAAAUUCACCACGGACCCCGUUUUCAAGUUUUCUGCAAGUUCCGACCCAAAUACCGGACCCGAAAGAAUGGUUUAGUAAACAAAGACAAAACGUGCGUCCCUGGCUAUUAUUCAUACAAACUUCCAACUUCAAGACGCCCCCUUCAGUCCCAAGACUCAGCAAACGAAUUAUGAGAAACAUCGAGUACUUCCAGAGCAAUUAUUUAUUUGUUUUCCUCGGUUUGGUUGUUUAUUGCUUAAUAACCUCGCCUUUGAUUCUAUUCGCCCUUGCUGGGACUUUUUACGCAGGCUACAAGCUUAACAAAAGGCACCAAGAGAAGAAAAUCGUGCUUUUUAAAAAAGAAUUGACUUUGGCACAAGUUUAUGGAGUGGUAGCACUAUGUUCCAUGCCAGUUUAUUACAUGGUGGGGGCCCACGGGGCCAUGUUUUGGGUCCUAGGAGCCUCAUUUUUCCUUAUUACUUUACAUGCCUCGUUCUACAACAUCGACGCUGUGAUCGCGCAAGGAGAAGACGGUUUUCCGCUCUUAGAACAAGUCUAAUUUUGUACAAUUUUAUUAAAUGUUUUACCCGC